GCACCAGUGUUUUAUUUCCUCUUUACAGUGCUGUGUCUUCCUGCCAGUACUGUAUCUGCGUAUAAUAAUCCUGCGCUGUUUCCUGUAUGUAUGUCUGUGAAUAUACUUCCAGGAAGAACAGGAAGCACCAAGACUGCUGAUAGAUUAAUCUGCAGCCUCCCUGCAGUUGCAGUGCAUAGCUGAAGCCUCUAACCAUAAUGGGAAAGAUAUAUUUUUAUUUUUUUGUUGCCUGUAUCGCCUUAGGGCAAUUUAAACUGGUGACAACCACAGGAUUCCUGGUGAACCGAAUACCAUGGAGGAUGACAGCGGUUAAUGGCUUCUCCUGGGCUAACUGCGAUGCUGAAACUCUGCCUGGAAAAAUAAAGACUCUCACCAUUCUUCCAGACCCGCUACUGAUCCCAGGAGAAAUGACCGUGUCUACAGUCCUGAAUACUAGCGUACCACUGAUUUCCCCAGUCACGAUCAACGUUUCGGCAUAUAAAAAGAUCAUGGGCGAAUGGCUGAAGAUCCCCUGCUUGGAUAACGUUGGAAGCUGCACCUAUGAAAAUUUUUGUGACAUUCUAGAUCAGUUAAUUCAGCCAGGACAGGACUGUCCAGAACCUCUGCAUUCCUAUGAAUUACCCUGCCACUGCCCCUUUAAAGAAGGAAUUUACUAUUUGCCUGUUUCCAGCUUUGAAGUCCCAAGCAUGGCUAUACCAUCAUGGUUUUCCAGUGGUGAUUACCGCGUAACUGUUGUCCUGAGCCACGGAGACCAGGAGAUUGGAUGCGCCAAAAUCACGUUCUCCCUAGCUGGAUCUUAUAUGCAUUGGGAGUAAAGAGAAAUCAAUAAAGGAAAAUGGGGACCAUUUAUUACAGACAUAAUGAUCCAAAAUUCUGUCACUUAUUCCAGACAUAUAGAAGCCUGGGGGAUGUAAAUACUGUAUAUAAUGAGAUGUUUAUCUUGUCUUUAAAUAAAUCACUCCCCCGUUUCAUGAGACAGCCCUCACAUAAAAGCCAAACCUGGCUUAGUGAUAAACAAGAUUAUAAUAUUGCGUCUAUAGUUUUAUUGCAGAUGUGUUAAUAGCCAUAAAGCACACAGGGCUGUGUCUUAAGAAUUUAACCCUUUGCUGGCAGUAAUAGUUGUAAAUAUUUUAAGAAUAGAAUGAGAGAAUACAUGAAGUAGAUUAUGACAGUUAGUGUUAUGCUUCAGAUAGGAUUGGCGCCAAGCAAUACUGUCAUAUUUGGAACGAGCACAGGGGGGGGGGGGGGGGUGUUGCUUCAACUUGAUCAGUAUUUUUUUGUUUUGUCAAGUCAUUGUUUUCACAGAUACAGUGACCCAUGGUACACAGAACAAUCCCCCUCUAAUAUUUGCUGCCUGUCUCCUUGGGAGGAUUGAAGUGUGCCUUGCCUGCAUGGGCGGAACAUCCAUUCAUGCCGGGUUUCAUCUUUAUUCUUUACUUAUAAAUAAUGAUGUCACGUAGCAAACAAAUAGCUUAAUAAAUCAUUCUUACACAA